GUAGUUCUUCUUCUGAUGACAGUGAUGAUGGAACAGAUGAAGAAAUAAAAAGUGAAGAAAGUGACAUUGACGAGAGGACCGAAAUGAAAGAAGAACAAGACAGUCACACAAAAAGGGACAUGGAAGAGAGAGCAAUAAGCAUAGAAAUUCCUGAAGUCUUGAAAAAGAAGCUUGAAGAAGACUGUUACUAUAUUAACAGAAGAAAACGGCUAGUGAAGCUCCCUUGUCAGACAAAUAUAAUAACCAUCCUGGAGUCAUAUGUGAAACAUUUUGCUAUUAAUGCUGCUUUUUCAGCCAACGAAAGAUCUCGGCAUCAUCAAAUGACUCCACAUGCCAAUAUGAACCUUCAUUAUGUGCCACCAGAGAAGAAUGUUGAGCUAUGUAAAGAAAUGGUGGAUGGGCUGCGAAUAACCUUUGACUUCACACUCCCAUUGAUUUUGCUCUAUCCAUAUGAACAAGCCCAAUUUAAGAAGUUGACUUCAUCAAAAUUCUUUCUUCCGAUCAAAGAAAAUUCAACAAACAGUAACAGAAAUCAGGAGGAACUUUCCCCAAGUCCUCCUCUACUGAAUCCACCAACACCUCAGUCAACAGACAGCCAGCCUACGACAGGGGAGCCAGCCACACCAAAAAGACGAAAAGCUGAACCUGAAAUUCUACAAUCACUGAGACGUUCUACGCGCCAUACCUCUAACUGCGACAGGUUAUCAGAAAGUAGUGCUUCUCCGCAACCUAAACGGCGGCAUCUUGAGACUCCAGCUUCUAUGCCAAAGCUCUUCUUGCACCUGGAAAAAAAAACCCCUGUCCAUAGUGGAUCAUCUUCACCUAUCACUUUGACCCCUAGCAAAGAGGGGAGUGCGGUUUUUACUGGCUUUGAAGGUAGAAGAAACAAUGAAUUGAAUGAGGUUUUGUCCUGGAAACUAAUGCCAGAGAAUUAUCCACCGAGUGAUCAGCCGCCACCUCCUUCAUAUAUCUAUGGCUCUCAACAUUUGCUACGGAUGUUUGUAAAGUUACCAGAAAUAUUGGGGAAGAUGUGCUUUCCUGACAAAAACCUAAAGGCCUUAGUAAAACACUUCGAAAUGUUUCUGAGGUUUUUAGCAGAAUACCAUGAUGAUUUCUUUCCAGAAUCUGCUUACGUAGCUGCAUGUGAAGCCUACUACAGUACUAAAAAUCCUCGGGCAAUCUACUGAAGCUCUGAAUGAUGAUUCAAUCCCCCUAUACAUAGCCCAUGACAAUACUGUCUUGCCACGUGGCUACGAGAUGAAGAUGAAAAAGGGAUUAAAACAACACUUGGAGCUGAGGAGAUAGGGGGAUCUUCUGUGGUGACUGGAUUACUUAAAAAGGAGUGGAGAACUUCUUUUCAGAGAUGUCUAUAGACUGCAUUCUGAAUUGCUUAGAGAAUUAAAUACAACUUCAGCUCCGGAUGAAUGAAGAAGCCUUGUUCUGACUUCUAAUGCAUAGGACUGCAUAGAACUAUUACAGGAAGGGAGGCAAAAGCAGAUGCAUCUGCAACCAGACGUUUUCAUGAACAUAGUACCUCAUGCUUUCAUUUGAGCUUGACCUCUCUAGCCUGAAAAAUAAGACCAACUCCACAGUUACAAGAAGAGAAUGCAUAACUGGCAUCUCAUGGAUUUUGUUUCCCACAAAUUGCACUUCAUUUUGUGAAACUGCCAUGAUGGAAAAGAUAGUUUAAUGUAAAAGAUUUUUUUGGCUGUUUGGCUAGCAUGACAUCUGCCUCAAGAAUGGCUUUGUUGUUUGAAUGAAAGAUGUGUUGCUUGCUUUGUGUUUUGCAAAGAUGUCUAUAGCUCUUUUGAUGAUAAGGCUGUGUCAUAGUUCCAAGAAGAGCGUACCUUGCCAGUGAUCCAGUGUUACGUGGCUGAAAAUGAUUUCCAGAGCUGCUAUUAAAGAACAGAUUUCUACAAGUAAGUAGAGUCAAUAAAGUGAUGGCAGUUUAACUGGCAAAUAUUUCUUUUCUUAAUAAAGUACACAGUGGCUGCUGUUGAAAUAUGUAAUUUUGGCUGUCUAAAAUGUUUGUUCUUGAUUAAUAUUUUGAAGAGUGAUUGCUAAGUGUGCAUAGAAUGAGAGGCAGGAACAGUGAUAACAUAGGGAGGGAAGUCCUUGCUGUAUUAUUGGAUCUUCUUCUACAGACUUAAAGAACAUCUCCUUAGAUCUUUUUAGACACUUGAGCUCUGGAGAUAAGAAUUUACCCAGAACUGAAUUCAUAGCAUUUUGACAAUACAUUCAGUAGUAAAAAUUAAUUGAAGUUAAUUAGUCUUGAAUGUCAUCAAAGCCUCGCCACUAAUUCGGAACUCUGCUUCACAAUUCUGUUACGUAAAGAUAGACAUGGAGAUUUUAAACAGUGGGCAGAGAACUGGACUCAAGGCUGUAAAUCAUAGGCUAGUGCAUUUAAUCGCUCUAAUCCUUUCUGAUUUGGAAAACCUCAAUUAGAAUACUUACCUAUAAUGCAGAACUGAAAACAUUCCUCCCAGAGAUUAGCAGAGUCUAGGAGCUGCGAUGAAUCGUCUUUCAAAAGUAAAUGACAAACUUUAGUCUAUAAAGCCAAAGCAAAUCUGAAAUUUACUGUUGGCAGUCAAUGACACUCUUCAGAGCAUGCUGGUAUGUCAAAGCUUUUGAACUGGAAAGAUAUAGAUUACCUUGAUUUUGGUAACGGUUGUAGAAUGAAUCUUUCACAUGGAGCCAAGCAGAUUUGGUGAUCCUUAUUUCUAAAGUUUCUCAUUUAGCGAUACUACUUUUUAAAUUGUAUUUGUGUAAUACCAAAAAAUUUCAUGGGCUUUAGCCUUUCCCAAGUUACAGGAGUUUUGAAUCUCAGCAGAAUCUGGACACCACAAAAUCCACUUUGAGAGUGUGUUUCAUUUCUAGCUUUGGGCCCUAGUCUUUAAGACAGAACAAAACAGAAAACAAAAAACCAAGUCAAUUGAAAUUCUAAUUACUGUCUGGUAGGAAAUUGACCCUGGAAUACUGCUUGAAACUGCAUCCUUAAUCCUUUCUGUUGCAGGAAUGUUGCAAUGUGUGUAAUAUGUUGAAUCUUUUGUUCCACUGUUGCUAUCUGUGAAUACAAGGCAAGUUAUGAGCAGAGUUUAAACCUUAUUGUGUGACUGUGUUUAACUCUAUAAAAAAUGACAGUUUCUGCAUGCCUUUUGUUAUUAAUGCUCUAUUUUUGGUUAAUAGGUUAUGAUGAUUCUCAUGACAGUUUAAAAUCUGAAGGUGCAGUUAGUGUCACUGUACUCUUGAUGUAAACUUCUUUUAUUUUUAAAAGGAAAAAAAAACCUCGAAGCCACCUGUGGAUUAACUAUUACAAACUGUCUUGCUCUCAUAACAGCCAAGAAAAGUAGCAGUCUUUUGCACUUCUUUACUGUAAUUGAAUAUUUAAACCUAAAACUUGUUUCUAAAUUCAAAGGGAUACUAUCCUGGGAAGCCUUGUCAAUUAAAAAUGUGUGAGAAAUAAUGUGCAUCCUUGACUUUCCUCUUCCUUGCUGUCACUAUUCUUUUACUACUUUCUUAUUUUAAACCUAACUUUAUUCUAAGCUGAAGUAGUGCAAAAGAAUUGCAAAAGCUUUAACCAGGUGGGGGAGGAGGGGCUUUUGAGUAGCCUUAACAAAGUUGUGUAGCCAAACAAAGUAGCUUGUCAGUUUAGUCCCUAAAGGUUUGUAAUUAUCAAAACUUUUGAAUGGAGUAUCCAAAGGUUCAUCUGGAUAGGAGAAGCUUAAUAAUGUACUUAAACUGCAGGUGUACUACUUUAGCUUGAAUGUCCUGGACUGAUGAGACUUCUUGAUGGGAUUCCUGUCCAUCUGGACCGAUGAAAGGUUUCUCCACUUAACUAUUUGCAAUGAAUUGGUCCCUGUUUGUAGAGCUACUCCAUCAGUGCUUCCUAACCUGAUUCAGUCAGAAUGACUCAGAUUAGCUGAAGAAGUUUGAAAAACUGACUUAAGCAGGCUAGGGAGUGUUCACAUGAGCAAGUUUGCCAGAGGACUUCAGAGAUGGUGUGUUGCAGAGGAGGAGCUGAGCUGAGAAAGCAGUUUGGACGGACAGUAAUGUUUUACACUGGCGUGGCUGUUCUGCAUAACUCACAUGCACUCUUGUUCCAGAUCUAAGGUUUUUUUGUUUGUACAUUUAAAGAAAUUAUACUAGUAUCAUUAUAGCGUGUUACUAAAGAUGGUAAAUCUGUUCUCUACGGGCACUUCCCUUCAGAAGUAGGUACUUAACAGGCUAAAAGGCAGUUCAGCUGCUUCAACCUAAAGUGUGGUGUAGUAUCCUGAAGGAGGCUAGCUGACCUUUUGUGGGAGGAUCGUCACAGUAUAGGGGUAAAAGCAGGUAAUACAGCUAAUGUGAUGACGAGGAGUGCACCACUGCCUAGGUGCCAGAGAUAAAUCAGUCUACAUGGAUACUACUCAUUCCAGUACUUAUUCUAACCUAAUUGGUAUUAGGUAGGAUAGCUGAGUAAUAUCACGAUGUGCCACAAAAUUAUGAAAUGGACUCUCUGAAGUGUUCUCAGAUUACCAAAAACCAUAAACAACACAAAAUAACUUUUAAUACUGUUCGGCUUUAUUCCUAAUUUUAGGCUUUAGUUUUAAGCCUAUUAUAUGUCACAAAAAAAUUAUGCUGUUCUUUCAUGUGCACCAUCUGGAGUUAAUGCAUUGUAUUUCAUUUUCGUACUGUGUUAUUAUGUUUUUCAAGCUCCAUUGAAUAGUUAGUUCUGUUCCAAAGCUCAGGCUUCCACAUACUAAGAUGACCAUUGCAGUAGUAACCAAGUGGUACUUUAAAUAUGGUCACGUCUCAUUCUGAAAGAAAUGCAAUGCAAGUUAUAGGCAAAUGUUGGAUUUCAUUUUGCAGUUGGUGUGAGCUAGCAGCAUUUAUAUGAUAAGCUGUCAUAACUGAACUGUUCAGUGUGAAUUUCUCAAAUAGUAAUGCACAAUGACCUUUGAAUUAUGUUAGAGGAAUGUCUUCAGUCAAAAGAGGAAAUAAAAGGCUUAUCGGAAAUAAAAAGCUGUUAACGGUUUUUAAUGUUUGUAUCAUAAAGUUUUAUCAAGACAUUUGAGAAAUACAUUGUGAGAUUAUUUAUUGGAAUUAAAAAUAACAUUAAACCCUUAAUUUCUUGGAAGUUAUCCAUUGCCCCACUGAUGUCUUAAGCGUCCCCCAAAUGUAUGUGUACUGAGGUGGAAUUACAAGCCUUCUGGGGAGGAUAAAAGCGCACAACAUGAGCGCUUUACCUGAGUCCCAGAUCAAACUUUUAUCUUGCUAGUAAGCUGUGCAAAAGCACAGCAGUGGCAGCUCUUGGACAGACAGCCAGAUCUUCCGGCCUGGUGCAUGUCACUUUUAACUUCUUGACCAACUAAUGGAGCUAAUACAGCAAGCAUUCAGUUCACACUGUGUAAAGUCUACUUACUAAGUUCUAGAGAAAAUGCUGGAUAGGAAUCACAAUGUAAGCAUGCUUAGGCCAGGUGCAUGAAGAAAUAUAUUUUGUGCUGUGUUCCGGCGCACUGUAGUGUCUCCUUGGUGAUAUGAGGGGAUUGAAUUUAACUGCAUUGACAAACCAAGUUAUCUAUUUGCUUUUCUGAGUAAAUACAUACCACAGCAUUUGUGUAUUUUCUUCAGGUAUUGGUCUGUAAUCAGCACAAUCUUGAUGAUUUUACAUGAUCAGUUUUUUCACUUGUUUAUGAAACAAUAGAUUUGGAGGGAUCUGCAGCUCUUUGCAUAACUGCCUCAUUUUUCUGUAUGAAAUUAGUAAAUAUAGGUACUAUGCCUCUACAGUCACAGGUAUUCAUGCUGCUUUUCUGCCACAAUUUGUUUUUCUUAAGUUUGAAAUACAUAUUGCCAUGGGGAAAAUGGUGUCAGCAAUGACAGUGAGAGAUGCAGAUGCUUACUAAGAUCUAGCUCAACGUUACCGCCCUAUUACAUGCAUUAUGUAUUUUUUUCUUCUCAUUCAUAUAGCAGCUUUUUAAAUAUUUUUGUUUAUUUUUUAUUAGGGCUAAGCAUUAUGGCAAGCUGAAUAAAAUCAGUCAAGCAUAUAAACCUGUGCUCUACAGUGACAAGGAAACGUAUGCAAGAACUUUUGUACUUUUUUGGCCUGGAAACAAUGUUCAUAUUGCCUUUCCUGCAUCUUGAUUGAGAGCAGUCAGUCACAUCAUACGUAAAGUGGAUGAUAUCUUUAUAAAGGAAAUGAACAAAUUUGUGAGAUGCAGACUGAUAACUCCUGGCACCAGUGCAAACUUUUAAAAGCGUCUCCUAAGGAAUGGAGUAGUUUCUCAUUUUGUUACUGGAAAUGACCAGAGGUUUUGAUUGCAAGUAACUUUUAUCAGUACAAGAUAUUGGAUCUACUAGGGAAGACUAAGGUAUUAAAGUGUUGAAUCAUACGAUAUGUUCAUGUGGAUGUUUCGGUGUGAUGCCAGAAAACAGUGUGUUUAAUAUUUAUAUAGCAAGAAUUGAACCAAUAAACAUGCUCAGUUCCUGGCAAAAUGAACAGUAGACUUUUCCAUCACAUCAGUACAUACUAUCUGUGCCUGUAAUAUUUGCGAAUAUUGAGCCGUGG